CACAGCUGUAGCAUCUCUGCUCCACUUCUGGCAGUGUUAGUCUAUUCUAUUCUAUUCUAUUCUAUUCUAUUCUAUUGUACUUUUCAAGCCAAAAUGACAGGGGGUCACAGAAGUGAAUUUUCUCUUUUUAUUUUCCUGGCUGCUGUUACUCUGGGCUCCUGUCUCCACGGUAACAGCAGCUCCACACAGACCACCCCCCACUCCGACCAGACCAACGACAGCCUGAUCUACCGGCCCGUCCUGCAGCCCUCAGAGACCGUCCCGCUCAUAGGGACCUACACUCUGAAAACGCCUGCUGGGAAGCGCUGUCUCAAAGCCACCAUGGGGGUAGAGUACGUUGUCAUCGAAAAUAAGAAAUACUGGUAUUUCAACCUGGACCCCAGCAGGGUCAGCAUCAGCGGCUACUGUGCAGACAAAGUGGCCGUCCUCUCCCUCACCAUGCCAAACAACGGCGCCAGCCUGCAGCUCACCUUCAUAAAGGAUGGAAAGGUUUCCUACGUUACCAAGCUGAGCGCUCACAUCUUUCCGCUGCCCGUCUGCAAGGGAUGUGCCAGUAAGGUCUACCCGGGCGUGUUGGACAACAACAAGCUGUUCAAGGCCGCUGAUGGGCGGAGCUUCAAGUGCUCGUCUCCCAGUGAGUUUGCGAUGGCGAAGCAGCUGAAGAUCAAGCUGCUCACUGUGCAGAUACAGGCCUUCACUCUGCCCAAGGGAAAGUUUGGAAAAGAGGUGGAGUGCUGGGCCGACUUCAACAGGAGGGUCAUUCCCAUCAUCGUGGGAGCCGUCGUGGUCGGCCUGAUCCUCAUCGCUCUGCUGACCUUCCUCUUCAUCAAAGACCGUCGCAGACAAGGCUACGAAAGGAUCUGA